GUGACUACGUUUGACGCUUCAAGCGUCAGCAUGAAAUUGCACCUCUACAUGUGAUGAAAGCAUUGAGAAUAGAUGGGGUAGUAAAGUGGUUCAAACUCGACGCUGUCAUAAUUGGUAUCAGAAAUGGCAUUAUAACGAAGAUUCCGUUUAGUGAAAAAUAUAUCAAAAUGGGAAAGCCCAAAGACGUCAUCACCACGGACGACGAAAUGAAUGUUGAUACCAGCGAUGUGUCCCCUCAAAAGAAACAUAAAAAACACAAGCAUAAAAAGCAUAAGAAACGGAAAGUCUCCUUAGAAGAUGUUGAAGAGCUCAUGGAAGUUAGCACACACGAGUUAGAUCGGAAAAAAGGCAUCAAAGUGAAAGCAAAGAAGGAAGCAGAGAAGCCAUUUAUUGAGAAAAUGCGAGAGAAGUCGAAUAAACCUACCACUCCUGGAGCAGCUGGUCCAAGCAGUGCAACAUCGCCGAAGACUGCCCCAAAAAAAAAGGUUACCAAAGGUAACAAGGGAAAAGAAAGUGGAACUAGUAGUGAGGAGGAACGUUGGCUUGAUGCUAUUGAAUCUGGAAAACUUGAAGAGGUGGAUGAUGAAUUAAAAAAAAUCAAACCAAAGGAUCCCAAGUUAAUGACUGCCCGUCAACGGGCUAUGUUUGAGCGAAAGACUGAUGCAGAACCCAGUUCUAGCGUUGAACAAUUGAUGUCUUUGCCAUCAGGGUACAAGGAAAAGGUAAUGACAGCUGAAGCGAUCCAAAAAGCAGCUCUGAAAUCCCAAAAGAGAAAACAGCUGGCUGAUGAAAAACGGGAGAAAGACAAGAAAAAAACUAUGGAAAGGUUGCUCAAAAAACAAGAAUCUAAAGCUUCAAAGAUCUUGGGGAAAGGAAAGCCAAAUAAAAGACAAGUACCUCUAGUCAGUUAUCGGAUCACUGUCGAAGGAAGUUCCAUAUCCCUACCACCUGGUGAAGAAUUUCCUCUGCCUUCUACAAGACAAGAAAAACCAUUAUCAGUAAUAUUAUGUGGUGCUGACGGAUGUGAAAAUCCAAAGAAAUAUUCAUGUUCAAAAACUGGAACACCGCUUUGCAGUCUGCAGUGUUACAAAAACAACCUCUCUUCGCAUAUAAAACUUCUAACAACGUGAACCAACUAUGAAAAAGUAUGAUUCGCUUGCAGCAGUCUUUGGAAUUUCAUAUUCCUGUGACCUCAACUUUGUUGGGUUCAACAUCGGUCGAAGUGAGAGCUACCGUGUGAUUUAAUUCUGAGUAUAAAGGCCAGAGUUCGCGGUUACAACUGUUCUAAUAUGAACCCAUGAUGUUGGCGAGGGUGAAAUUUGAAGUGAGAUAUGAAAAUAAAAAAUAUUAAAAUGUGAGAAAUUAAUGUGAACUUCGAAAGAACAAUAAAAUUUUAUUAGCUCCGUGGUACGUUCCAGUUAUACGGAUCAAGGUCGCAAUCAAAACAAGUCUACGUUUGGUUUAGAAUUCAUAAAGGAUCAGAGGAGAUAAACACGUUGAUUUCAUAUUUUUUAUAACUUAUUUAACGAAAUGCACAUUAUAUUUACACGUUCGCAAAAAAUAGGUGAGAAUUUUAACCACUUUGCAUCCUGAGUUACAAAUUGGUAUAAUACUCCCUUGUGAGUUCGUAAUAAUCAAUAUUACUAAGAAAUAUAAUUCUCUAUAAUGUAGGCAAUAA